GUUCACAUCUCCCUCCCAAAGCCACGCCAGGAGGAAUGGACGAACAGAAGGGGAGGAAGGAGGGAGAGGAGGUGGAGGAGAAGGAGGAGGUGGGGGAGAAGGAGAAGGAGGGGGAGGUGGUGGCAGGGAGCACCACCACCACCAGCCAGGAAGGGGGAGGCGGCAAGGCAGACGAAGGGCGGCGCUUAUGGUGGGGCUGCCUCCUGGCCCUCACCUUCCUGGCCCUCACCACGCGCCAGGUCUCCCUUCACGACCCCGGAAUCUGCCUGUGGGACGAGGUACAUUUCGGGACCUUCGCCAACCAUUACCUGAACCGCACUUUUUACCACGACGUACAUCCACCCCUCGGAAAGAUGAUGAUAGCGGGCGUGGGGUGGCUCGCGGGCUAUGACGGGUCCUUCGAGUUCAAAGUUGGCAAGAAGUAUCCGGAGAAUGUCAACUUCGUGGCCAUGCGAUCUAUGAUGGCAAUGUUUGGGGCCAGUCUCGUGCCCCUCACCUUCCUUAUCGUAUGGGAAGUGUCAGCCUCCCUCCCCGCCGCCACCCUCGCCGCCGUCUGCGUCCUCUGUGACACGUUCCUGCACCGCCUCAACACCCUCAUCCUGCUGGACCCCCUCCUGCUGGCUGCUCUGCUGGCUGCUGUCUACGGGGCCUUCAAGUUUCACUCCCAGAGACACAGGGAGUGGUCGCGGGCGUGGUGGGCGUGGCUGGCCUUCACCGCCGUCUUCCUGGGCGUGGUGAUGAGCGUCAAGUACGUGGGCGUGUUCACCGUGGCCACCGUCGGGCUGAACAACGCUCACCAAAUCGCCGCCCUCGCCCUGAACCCCCGUAGACCGCUGUGGGUGGUGGUACCUCACGUCGUGGCCCGCCUGGUCGUCUUCGCUGGUGUGUCGUCCCUCGUCUACCUGUCGUCGUUUGUCCUCCACUUCCUCAUACUGACCAAGGCGGCAAAGAACGGCGGCGGGUUUUAUCACACUGAGUUCUACGCGGCUUUUGAUGGCAACGAAUAUGACAACACAAGCUUCCCGCAUCACGUGCACUACGGCGCCAACAUCACCCUGCAGAACAGCCGCCCCCUGUGUGGCUACCUGGAGUCCUGGUACGACCUGUUCCCCUCCACGAUGACGGCGCCGUGCCAGCAGGUCACCGCCUCCUAUGUACGGGACGACGAGCUGCUCAUGUGGACCAUCAAAAAGGUGAACCUCACCGCUGGGUCGGUACUGGACGGGUCGGACGCGAGGGAGCCGCCGGUGCUGGUGCGGAGUGGGGACCACGUGAUGCUGACCCACGCCGCCACGGGCCGCUCGCUGCGCUCCCACGGCCACCGCGCGGCCAUCACGCGGCGCCAGCUGCAGGUGUGCGGCUACGGCGACGACGGCGCCGGGGGUCCCUUCGAGACGUGGCAGCUCCUGGUGGUGGGCGAACCCUUGGGCGCGCCGCUAAGAGUCAUCGACCAGGACUUCAUGUUGCUGCACUACAAGAUGCAAUGUUACCUGCGGGCCAACGAGAGGGUGAAGCUGCCGGAGGAAUGGGCCUUCCACGGUGCCAAGGAGGUGACGUGCGCUAAGAAGAAGGACGAAACGGGACUCCGCUGGCACGUCAACUGGAACGCUAGCCCGAAGCUGCGUGAGGAGGUUUCGGCCCGCGCUCUCUCGGUGGGUAUGUGGGGCAAAAUCCUUCACCAGCACCACAACAUGUUCAUCGGCAACGCGGUGCUGACGGGCAACGGGGACGACGAGGAGCGGCACGCGAGGCCCUGGAUGUGGCCCGUGCUGUGGCAGGUGCAGACCAUGGGAACGCAGGUAAUGAACAGGACCACUGGGGAGGAACACUUCGCGGUGGGCAUGACCAACCCCUUCGUCACCUACCUCAACCUGGCCUGCCUGGGGGGCGCGCCUCUCCUUGCCCUCGCCCACGCCUUCUACGGCAAGAGGCGCCCCCACCAGCCCCCCGCCGACGUGGCGGCGCGUCGUGGCGUGGUGGUGUCCUGCGCGUGGCUGGGCCUCUGCUGGGCCAUCCACUACCUCCCCUUCUUCUUCAUGAGCCGCGUCCUCUACUACCACCACUACUGCCCCGCCUACCUCUUCUCCUGCAUGAUUACAGGCGUUCUAUUGGCGUAUGGGUGCAAGAGCCUAUCACGGAAGUUCACAAGAGGCAAAGGAGGACGCAAGGGGGGCGGCAGGAGGCAGGAGCUCGUGUAUAGGGGGCUACUGGGGCUCUGCGGGGCUUCAAUCGUCACCUCCUACCUCAUCUUCUUCCCCCUCGCCACCUACGUCAGCGGGAUCCAGUUCGAACCCAACGCGCGGCUCAACCCUUUCCUGGACAAGCUUCACGUGGGUCAGCUGUGGCCGGAGUUCGGUUAUCGCAUGGAGGAGUAUGUGACGGUGACGUCGACCAUGGUGGAGAAGCUGAACGCCAGUAACUACGCCAACCCAGACGUCAACGCUACACUGUACUUCGCAAUGCAACUCAACGCCACGGCCGAGGAACACCCAGUCAUCAGCCCCGUCGCGGCCUCCUCCUUCGCGCUCUGGAGGCCCCAAGUUGCCCUCUAAGCGAGUUUACGAAUGCGCGAAUGUCGGGUUCCGCGAAUGUGGGUUCCGCGAAUGUCGGGUUCCGCGAAUGUGGGUUCCGCGAAUGUCGGGUUCCGCGAAUGUGGGUUCCGCGAAUGUCGGGUUCCGCGAAUGUGGGUUCCGCGAAUGUUGGGUUCCGCGAAUGUGGGUUCCGCGAAUGUUGGGUUCCGCGAAUGUGGGUUCCGCGAAUGUUGGGUUCCGCGAAUGUGGGUUCCGCGUAUGUUGAGUUUCGCGAAUGUUGGUUUCGCGAAUGUGGGUUCCGCGUAUGUUGGGUUCCGCGAAUGUGGGAGGAAUGUCACUUGUACUCGCGGGGUUCUUUUUCUUCACAAACAGACGACUCAAGACCAGACAGCAGGAUUUACAGCGCUCUUCGGAUUCUUAGCUUGGGGAUGGGUCGUGAGGGUAGUAUUAUGAAACGUGGGUGGUUGUAAGAACUUGAAGAAAAUUAAUAUGAAGUCUAUUGUUGCCCUCAUGAACUUAGCGCAUUCAGAUACUCAGAUUCUCAAGCUAUGCACGGGGGAAGGAGAGGGAACUUUGAUUUAUCUUGUCCAUUCUUUCCUUUUCACCCUCUUUGUUUUAUUACUCUACUGGAUAAGUCUUUUGUUUCAUUGUUUUCUAUUCCGUGAUGUCUUCCUUUCUCUCCUUCCUUCAUUCAUUUAUUCAUUCUUGUAUGUUUCGACAUUUUUUGCAUUUAUUUCUUCCAUCUCCACAAAGUUUCUGAUCCUUGUAUUCCCAACCUACAUACUCCGGGAUAUCAUUUUCUCUUUUUCCUUCCUUUCUUCCUCCUUUUUUUUUUUCUCCCUCUCUCCCUUCUUCCUUUCAACCAUCCUUAUUCCUCCUUCAUUCAUUCCUCCCUCCCUAUGCUUUCUCUCCUUCAUUCAUUCAUUCAUUUUUGUAUGUUUCGACACUUUCUCUAUUUAUUUCUUCCAUCUCCACAAAGUUUAUGUUUCCUUGUAUUGCCAACUAUACAUACUCCGUGAUAUCAUUUUCUCUUUUUCCCUCCUUUCCUCCUCCCUUUUUUUUCUCCCUCUCUCCCUUCUUCCUUUCAACCAUCCUUAUUUCUCCUUCAUUCAUUCAUUUCUCUACCUUUGCUCCAUUCCUUCCCCUUAAUUUCCAUCAAUCCUUCCUUCUUCCGUAGUUUUGAUUAAAGUCUCCAAGAACCUGUUUGGAAUUAAAAAAAAUGCUAAUAAUAAUUGUCUAAAUCUGAAGUGACUAUAAAGGACCUUAAAACAAAAUAAGAAAACCACACUGGAAGAUACGUAUUAGUGUGUAAUGCGGGAAAACUGAGAAAUCAAUAAUUUGUAACAACUGCUGUGUUGCUUUCAAUCAAGUGGUUACGAACCGCAAGACAGACAGACGAACCAGAUGUGGAGCUGGUGGCGUGACUACGCCUCGGCCGAAGGUGCCGAAUGAUCAUUACUUAGUUUUCACGGAGGAUUGACGAGCAGAAUUUUUCACCUGUAUUGAGUGAGAGAACCAGUUGUUUCGUAACUGCUUCUGAACUGGUAGAACAGGCCAAGUGUAUGUUAACUAAUCCACCGAUAAAUGCGUUCACUAUUCUCUGGCUUGCCGCGGGCAGUGUGGAGGGGAGGUGAUAAGCCGACUGUAUGAGGCUCCCUCACACACCGUCUCAACCUCACACCCACAGGUACGUUGAACCCAGCUCCUAGGGACCAAGCUUGUUAGUGUGUUAUCUUGAUACAAUGUUACUUAAAGAGUUGAAUUGACACACACCGUCUCAACCUCACCCCCACAGGUUCCCUAGCAUACUGACUGAGCUGGUGCCUCACUUGUUGUGUCACUAUGUAAUACGUGAACAUCCUUUUUUGUGUGGGCUUAUGAUCACCCCCUUGGUAUCUUAACCCCACACGAAUACCUUGCCCCAUGAUCAUCUUUGUGAACACAUAUCGAUCGGUGGUUGAAGGGAUAUAUUUUAUUGUAUAAUUAUGCACCAUAGAAACUUGACUAGGGUAGUUUUGUUAGCUAUGGCCAGGACUCUAUAUCUACAUAUGUUUUAUGAAAUUAACUGUGAUUGGGUGGGCCCUUCUGGUGAUUGGAAUGAUGAGCUGAAAUCAGUAUUGUAGAGUAACUCGGUAAAAGCUUGCUACCAUUACCAACAGAAUAAUGAACUGUAAAUAUAUUGUUGCUUAACUUCAGUAAGCUCGCUACCAUUACAUACCAACAGAAUGUGAAUAAACCUCAUAAGUUAACCUUGUGUUGCGUCACCCUAACAACGUACCAUAACAACUAUGAAGCUACACUUGAUAGUAAUAUAUUAAAAACAGUUGAAGGCAACAAACUGGUGGCAUAGCGGUGGGCAUCCUAUCCUGCGGUUCUGUUGUUUCCCCGAAGGGGUAACAGGUAGGAUGGCCCAUGCUCUCCGAGGAUAAUAGACCAUGGGAGAAUUGGAGGUAUGUCUCUACGGGGACGUUGUGGAAUAGUGAACCGAUAGUGGUCACGUCUAAGGUCUCAACACAUAGAAAUUAAUCUACAUAGAGGGGAAAGUCUUGUAGUGCGGCGACUAUGCCUGAUGACGAGCCUCCCAGAACCCACUUAGCCAGUGGGGUACCUCUUUGGCCGACUCGGUAAGGAGUGGCUCUCCCGUCACGCUGGUCGCGGGUUCAAUCCCAGGCAGCCGGCGAAAUACCCUGAUCUUGAUUAAUUUCUCGUGUGUUUCGAUACACGCAGAGGACGUGUGGGACCGAGAGAGUAAUAGAGAAUAGAAAAUCUCGUCAACAAAAAAGUUACAUCACUUCAUAUGAUUAUGGAAAGGAGAAAAAAAAAGCAUUCGAUAACAGUAACCUAGACCACGCAUGCGCAGUACGGUCAAAUAUAAUGAAAUAACCAGUAAAGAAAUAUAAUAAUUAGUCUGAUGUUAGCAACUAUAAACAUAAACGACAUUCGAAAAUAGGUCAAAAGUAUCAAACGAGUAAUCAAAAUAUCCCGAUGCAUGC